GCGUCCGGGACCCGCCCCCACCCCGGGUUAUAAACAAAACUGCGCCUGGCCCUUUAAGGGGCCCCCUGAUUGCAUCACCACCACCGCCCCCUCUCCUGAUUGGCGGAGCCGCUGAUGGGGGCGUGGCCUUGAGAACUUUCCGCAAAUACCGCUGCCUCGCGCUCUGACAGGCUCCUGAGGAACAUGUCCCGCCCCCUGCUGUCUCCGAUUGGCCAGUGCUCCAGUGGGGGCGUGGCUUAGGAGGCGGGCUGGGGAGGGGGUGGAGGUGCUGCUGCUCCUCUCUGAUUGGCCAGAACUGCAGCAGGGGCGUGGCCAGCGGGAGAGCGCCGCUGGGGGCGGGAGCUGCCCCUUUUGAUUGGCUGCGAGUGGGAAGGGAAGGGGCGGGGCUUGGGGGCGCCCGGGGCCAAGCGGGCGGCAGACGCUGAUUGGUUGCAGCGGGGGUCGCGGAGCGCAGGGCGGCCAUGGCCGGGGCCCGGCUGGGCAAGGUGGCGCCGGGCAGCAGCAUCCUCUUCCUCUGCGACAUGCAGGAGCGGUUCCGGCCCAGCGUCGCCUUCUUCCCCCAGAUCGUCGCCGUCGCCGCCCGAAUGCUCCAGCAUGGUGGUGCCGGCCGUGGAGGCCGAGCUGCGCGCCCGGCCCGGCCUCGCCUCCGUCCUGCUCUGCGGCAUCGAGACCCAGGCCUGCAUCCUGAGCACGGCGCUGGAUCUGCUGGAGCGGGGCCUGGACGUGCACGUGGUGGUGGACGCCUGCUCGUCCCGCAGGUCGAGCGGCUGGUGGCCCUGGGCCGCCUGCGCCAGAGCGGCGCCUUCCUGAGCACCAGCGAGAGCCUCGUCCUGCAGCUGCUGCGCGACGCCGCCCACCCCCGCUUCCGCCAGGUGCAGCAGCUGAUCAAGGAGCCGGCGCCGGACAGCGGGCUGCUGGGGCUGCAGGGGCUGCUGGGGGGGCCGGGGGGGCCGGGGGGGCCCUGACCGCCGCGGUCACGUGUGCACACGCGUGUGGGUGUGUGCUGACACCGCCGCGGUCAUGCGUGUGCACACGCGUGUGCUGCCGCCACUGGUGGAAUAAACCCCACGGUCACGUGUGCA